GUGGUUCUCGAGAUGCGAGUUUAAAUCUCUCGAUGAUAACACGUGAUAAAAGAUGUGUCAACAAUAACAAUAUUAUAAAAAUUAUAAAAAUUUUAAAUUAAAUAUUGUUAUUUUGAAAGAUUGAAAAAUGUAUUGGAAGAGUAAAUAGUAAAUCUACGAAGAACAUACAAGUUUUCAAAUAAUUGUCUACGUGUCUUUUAACCUAACAAGACACGUCAACUUCGACCGAAAAAGAACCGAACAAGUUUGUUAGUUCAAUAAUUUGUGUGAAAUUUAAUUUUGUAGAUAGAAAAAUUAUAUCUGAAGAGAAAGUAGACAAAGAGAAAAGAUCAUAGAAGAAAAAGUGAGAGCCUCAAAAAGAUAUAUUUAAAUAGUGCGGGAAAAAAAUUAAACUUUGUGUGUUGAACUCUCACUUAUAAACGUUAUCUGAACUACUAUGCUACGAUUAGAUAAUAUAUCCGUUGAUUAAAAGUGAAUUUAUACAUCUAACUGUGAACAUGGCAUCUGGUGAUAGCAGGCGUGUUGCUUUAAUAACAGGAAUUACAGGACAAGAUGGCUCUUAUUUAGCAGAAUUUUUGCUGGAAAAGGGAUACGAUGUACAUGGUAUUAUUAGACGAGCCAGUUCGUUUAACACUGCUCGCAUUCAGCACCUUUAUGAAGAUCCGAAAUGUCAUCGACAGGGCAAAAUGAAAUUGCAUUAUGGCGACAUGACCGAUUCUAGCAGUCUGAUCAAAGUCAUCAGUGCUGUACAGCCAACAGAAAUUUACAAUCUCGCAGCUCAAAGUCAUGUCAUGGUAAGUUUCGAAGUAAGUGAGUAUACUGCUGAAGUGGAUGCGGUAGGAACAGUGCGAUUAUUGGAUGCAAUACGCACGUGUGGAUUAGAAAAAUCCGUGAGAUUUUAUCACGCAUCAACAUCUGAGCUCUAUGGUAAUGUGGUGGAAGUUCCACAGAAUGAAAAAACACCAUUUUAUCCAAGAUCACCAUAUGCUUGUGCAAAGUUAUAUAGUUUCUGGAUCGUCGUGAAUUAUAGAGAAGCGUACAAUAUGUUCGCGUGCAAUGGGAUAUUAUUUAAUCACGAGAGUCCGCGAAGAGGAGAGAAUUUUGUUACAAGAAAAGUGACUAGAUCUAUAGCGAAGAUACACUUGGGUCUUCUGGAUGUGCUUGAGUUGGGAAAUUUAGAUGCAAAGCGAGAUUGGGGUCAUGCCAAAGAUUAUGUUGAGGCUAUGUGGUUGAUGCUUCAACAAACACAACCAGACGACUACGUUAUAGCAACGGGUGAAACACAUAGUGUACGAGAAUUCGUGGAAACGGCAUUCCAAUAUGUAGGUCGCACAAUUAAAUGGGAAGGCGAGGGUAUAAAUGAGACGGGUCAGGAUGCACAAACUGGUCAAGUAUUGGUUCGCAUCAAUCCAAAAUAUUUUCGUCCAACGGAAGUAGAUAUACUUUUGGGUGAUGCGUCCAAAGCGAGAAACAAAUUUGGAUGGAAACCAAAAGUGACGUUUAAGGAACUUGUAAAAGACAUGAUGGACUCGGACCUGGAAUUGAUGUCCAAAAAUCCGAAUGCUUAACAAUCUUUAUCGUUUAAAUUGUGAUAUUGCCGAAUAUAAUUCCGAUGUAUUUUUAUUCCAUGAGAGAAACAGUAUUUAAAAAUUUUUAUCCACUUUGUAUAUAAUUCCUUUUAUAUAAGCCUAAAAAAUUAUGAAAAGAUUUUUACUGAUUAGUAUAAUUAAUGUAUAACUGUGCAAUUGAAAUACAUAAAAUGAAAUACAUAAUUAAUAUAUAAGAUAAACACUCUACGAACAUUCGAAGUUUUUCUUUUGAAAAUUAAACUGCUCUCGGUGAAUGUGUCAUCAAGAGAGAAAACAAAUUGAAAAGAAUGUUCUUUUUCGUACAUUUGUAUAAAUUAUUCUCAAACAGAAAAUAUA